AUGGCGGCGCGGCGCGGCUGCGGGGGCGCGGGCGCCGGGGAGCGGGGGCCGCCGCCCGUGCUGGUCCUCAGCCACUUCUGCCCGCGGCCCUUCGUGUGCUUCGGGGACCUGCGCCCCGGCGCCGCGCGGACGCUGCCGCUGGCCGUGCUCAACCCCAACGCCGAGGCGGCCGCCGUCACGCUGCCCCGCGGGCCCGCCGCCGAGCGCGGCUUCCACGUCUGGCCGCGCGCCUUCGAGCUGCAGCCGAAAGAAAAAAUUGUUAUUUCUGUUAACUGGACACCAGUAAAAGAAGGCCGAGUAAGAGAGAUCCUGACAUUUCUUGUAAAUGAUAUUCUGAAACAUGAAGUCAUAUUACUAGGAAACGCAGAAGAGAUAAGAAAGAAAAAGAGGAGUCUUUGGGACACCAUUAAAAAGAAGAAAGUUUCGGCCGCUUCAAGCCGUGAGAAAAGGAUUCCAAAUAUUCAGAAUGCCAAUCAGACGUUUAGCGUUCCGCCCAGAGCGGACAGAGUCAGGAGCCCACUCCAGGCUUGUGAAAAUUUGGGUGGGAAUGAAGGCUGUUCCCCAGCAGAAAACAAUUCUCUGAUCCUCCACGAGAAUAAAAUACCCAUUUCACCCAUUAGCCCCACUUUCGACGAAUGCCACGGGGACACGUGCUUGCCCCUCUGUGUCCGUCGGUCCACCGCCUACACGUCUCUCCAUUCACCUGAGAGCGGGCAGCCGUGGACAUUAGCAGGUGCCCACACGCGCCAAGAGUUUAGUGAGCAAGUCAUGCCGGAAACUUCCUUUGACUCCCUGACUGGUGGCAGCGGCCACACUGAGGAGGACGGUAAGCGUGUGCUUACCCCAAACUGUUCUUCAACUUUGAACGUGACCCAGAGCCACGGCGAUUUUCUGAGUCCCGAUUCGUUUGUGAAGAGUAGCCACAGAGCUGGUAAUAAACUAGAACCAGUGACCUGCGUUUCACCAGACAUGUUUCUGAAAGGUGAUUCGAGGCCCAGGCAUUUGGAAUCAAACACUAUACGUGAAAUUUAUCAGACAAUUUUAAGUCCCGAUUCCUUCCUUAAGGAUAAUUAUGGACUAAGUCAGAAGCUAGAAUCAGAGUCAGUGAAUCCGUUUGUAUCCCCAAAUCAAUUUGUCAGAGAUAAUAUGCCCUAUUUGUCUGUAUCUCAACAAACGUGUCAAUUAUCCCCGCUAUCAAAAGAAAAUGCUCAGGCCCCACCGUCUCCUCCGGGGCAGAGGAAAAAGGAAGUUUUACCGUUUAUUCCUGGAAGCCAGGGUUCGAACUCUCCCGAAGCUGUUUUUGAAGAACCCGCGGCUUUGGACAUGAUACCAGAUGGUUCCAGUUUCACAAAACAAAAGCAGCCCAAGUUGCCCGCAGCUCGAGAUCCCGCUGGACAGGGCCCCAGUGCGCAGCCUCAGCGCCGCCCCAUCCUCUCGGCCACGGUUACCAAACCGAAGCCCCCGGGUCCCAGGCAGCCCAGCUCGGAGGCGAGCGGACCGAAGGCCAGGCGGUGCCUCCGCAGCGCAGUAGGCAGGUGUGGGGACCUAGCCGGCGACCCAGGGGAGGAAGAUGCUUUUCACUCGCACCUCCCGGUCAUAGAGCCAGCGGGAGGCAGCUCCGAGGGGAGCAGAACAGCAGCCCCUUCCUCCAAGACUGCCUUCGCGGCGCGGAAGAGAAAGAGCGGAGGCAGCGGGGAGGACGCACGUGGGCCGAUCGCAGGGACGGGACCCACAGAGGAACGCGAAAGCAAAAGAAUCCACUUUUCUCCCGCGGAGCCCAGGACCUCCACUGCUAAGAAGACAAAAAUGCCGCUGACGCCCGCCGCACAGGGUUGUGGCAGCAGAAGGAGGUCUCAGCCGAAGAAGAAAGCCGAUUCUUUAGCAUUCAAAACUCCUAACUCUAAAACACACAGACGGACACCACGCAUGGUUCCUGUGGCCCAGGCUAGUUUGACCUUCAUAAAACGCUUGAAGACAGACAUCCCCAGACACCCGAUGCCGUUCGCCGCCAAGAACAUGUUCUACGACGAGCGCUGGAAGGAGAAGCAGCAGCAGGGCCUCACGUGGUGGCUGAACUUCAUCCUGACGCCCGACGACUUCGCCGUGAAGACACACGUCUCCGAAGUGAACGCGGCCACUCUGCUCCUGGGCGCCGAGAGCCACCAUAAGCUGAGUGUGCCCCGAGCUCCCACCAAGGAGGAAGUGUCGCUGCGGGCGUACACGGCCCGGCGCCGGCUCAAUCACUUGCGUCACGCAGCCUGCCGCUUGUUUACGUCUGAGCACAUGGUGAAGGCCAUUAAAAAGCUCGAGGUGGAGAUCACAGCGCGGCGGCUAGCGGUGCGGAGGGACAGACACCUCUGGAAGGAUGUGGGAGAGCGGCAGAAGGUCCUCAACUGGCUGCUGUCCUACAACCCGCUGUGGCUGCGCAUCGGUCUGGAGACAGUGUUUGGGGAGCUCAUCGCUUUGGAAGACAACAGCGACGUCACGGGGUUGGCUGUGUUUAUUCUGAACCGCCUCCUGUGGAACCCUGAUAUCGCCGCCGAGUACAGACACCCCUCUGUCCCCCAUCUGUACAGAGACGGCCACGAGGAAGCCCUGUCCGCCUUCACGCUGAAGAAGUUCCUGCUGCUGGUCUGCUUCCUGGACCGCGCGAAGCUCUCCCGGCUCCUCGACCACGACCCCUGCCUCUUCUGCAAGGACGCCGAGUUCAAGGCGAGCAGAGACAUCCUGCUGGCCUUCUCGCGAAGCUUCCUCAGCGGGGAAGGCGACCUGUCCCGCCACCUGAGCUGGCUGGGGCUGCCCGUCAGCCACGUCCAGACGCCCCUGGACGAGUUUGACUUUGCCGUCACGAACCUCGCCGUGGACCUGCAGUGCGGGGUGCGCCUUGUGCGAGCCAUGGAGCUGCUCACACGGAACUGGGACCUCUCGAAGCAGCUCCGGAUGCCCGCCAUCAGUCGUCUCCAGAAGAUGCACAACGUUGACCUUGCUCUGCAGGCCCUGCGCUCCCGAGGGGUCCCGUUACAGGACGAGCAGGGAAGUGCGAUCCUGGCCAAGGACAUCGUGGACAGGCACCGGGAGAAGACGCUCGCGCUGCUGUGGAGAAUGGCCCUGGCUUUCCAGGUGGAUAUUUCUCUUAAUUUAGAUGAGUUAAAAGAAGAAAUCGACUUUUUGAAGCGCACGUGGAGGGUGGUGAAAAGCACGCCUGCGCACUCCCGCCGUGCGGACGCUGUUCUCGGUAAGAAGACGGACCCGGGGCCGAGCGGCUCCUCGGAACAGCGUCCCGAGAGCGUCAGGCUGCUGAUGGAGUGGGCGAGGGCCGUCUGUGCCUUCUACGGCACCCAGGUGGACAACUUCACCGUGUCCUUCUCAGACGGCCGCGUGCUGUGCUACCUGAUCCACCACUACCACCCCCGCUGCGUGCCGCUGGACGCCAUUCGCCAGCGGACCUCGCAGACCGUGGAGUGCGCGCAGUCGGGCUCCGUGGUCCUCAACUCCUCCUCCGAGUCGGACGAGAGCUGCCUGGACCUGUCUCUGAAAGCCCUGGAGCUCGGUCAGUCCGGCCCCGAGCUGCACAGGGAGCUCCUGGAGAACGAGAGGAGGAACUUCCAGCUGGUGAGCGCUGCGGCCAGGGACCUCGGUGGGAUCCCGGCGAUGGUCCAGCACGCGGACAUGUCGAACACGAUUCCGGACGAGAAGGUGGUGAUCACCUACCUGUCGUUCCUCUGCGCCAGGCUGCUGGACCUCCGCAGGGAAACCCGGGCUGCUCGGCGCAUCCAGGCGGCGUGGAGAGAGUACAAGCUGAGAGCAGACCUGCGGCGCCAUCAGGCGAGAGACCAAGCUGCAAGAAUCAUCCAGGCGGCUGUGCUGGGGUUCCUGACUAGACGGCGCCUGCGGAAGGAGGCUCAGGCCGCGCUGGCCAUCCAGAAGCGCUGGCGGAGGCUCUGCCGGCGGCGGGAAGUCCUGAGGGCAGAACGGGAGCACCUGGAGAGAGCGCGGAACCAGGCGGCAUCGGUGAUUCAGAGAAACUGGAGACGGUAUUCCGCCAGGAACCGGUUCCUGAGGCUGAGACACUGUUCCGUCGUCCUGCAGUCCCGGAGAAGAAUGGUCGCUGCUGCCACUGCUUACCGCCGCCGCCUGCGGGCCGCGGUCACCAUCCAGAGGCACUGGCGCGCGUGCGUGAGGAGGCGGCGGGACCAGCAGAGCUACCGGGCGCUCCGAGCCUCGUGCCUGGUCAUCCAGGCCGCGUUCCGGAGGCGGAAGCGCCGGGCGCUGCGGUGCCAGGCGAGAGCCGCGGCCACGCUGCAGAGGGCCUUCCGCCAGUGGCGGGCCAGGAAGCGGGCCCGGGAGGAAAAGGCCGCCACUGCCAUCCAGGCGUGGUACCGGGCGCACCGGGAAGCGCGGCGAUACGGCCACAUCAGGGCCUGCGUUGUCGUCAUUCAGGCGCGAUUCCGGGGCCUUCGAGCCCGAAGGCUGUAUCAGAGGAGGAAGGCGUCGGUCCUGACGAUCCAGCGGCACUGGCGCGCGCACCUGCAGGGCCAGGCGGAGCGCGCCCGCUACCUGCAGGCUCGGGCCGCGGCCCUCCGGCUGCAGGCCGCCUUCAGGGCCGCGAGAGCCCGGGGGCUGCGCAGACAGGCUCGGGCGGCCCGCGUGCUGCAGGCGUAUUGGCGAAUGAGACGAGAGCGAGCGCGGUUCCUGAGCCUUAGGAAAGUGGUCAUCAGACUGCAGGCGCUCGUCAGAAAGCAGCAGCAGCUGCAGAAAUACCGGAAGGUGAAGAACGCCGCCCUCGUAAUUCAGGUGCGUUUUCGAGCUCACGUUGCAGCCCGGAGCGCCCUGGCGGCUUACCGGGAGACGCGCGCGGCUGUGCUGGUGCUGCAGUCGGCGUACCGAGGGCUGCGGGCCCGGAGGACGUUCCAGCGCGCCCGCACGUCGGCCGUGACCAUUCAGUCACACUACCGCGCUUACGUCGCCAGAAGGAGGUUCCUGAGCCUGAGACACGCUGCCGUCCAGCUGCAGGCGGUUGUGAGGAUGAGACAGGCCCGUGCUCAGUUCUUACGUUUGAGAGCGGCCGCCCUGUUCACCCAGCAGAGGUUCCGGGCCCUGAGAUCGGCCGCGCGGACGAGGGAAGAGCGCAGGCGGGUGCGGGCAGCCUGCGUGCGGCUGCAGGCCUUCGCCCGGGGCCACCUGGUCCGCAGGCAGCUGAGGCAGCAGAGGACAGCCGCCGUCACGCUGCAGUCCUACUUCCGCAUGGCAGCGGCGCGGCGGCGCUUCCUGCAGGUGCGCAGAGCGGCUCUGGUCAUCCAGGCCGCCUACAGAGGCCACCGAGCACGCCGGCUCCUCCGGCGGCAGUCCGCGGCCGCGCGUGCAAUCCAGGCCGCGUUCCGAGGCCACAGGGAGAGGGUGCGGUUCCAGGCUGUGCUCCGGUCCGCCGUCACGAUCCAGAGGUGGUACAGGGCCCGCACGGCAGCUCGGGACCUGAGAGCUCGGUCUUCAGAGGCGAGGACGGCUGCGCUCGCCCUGCAGGCGGCCUAUCGCGGCUGGAAAGUGCGGGCGCAGAUCCGCAGGGAGCGGCUGGCGGCGCUGAAGAUUCAGGCCGCGUUCCGAGCGGCCCAGGCCCAGGGGCAGUUUCGACGGCUGAGAGCAGCAGCGCUGGUCCUGCAGCGACGCUGGAGAGCGAGGGCUGCGGGGAGGAGGCAGCGCGUGGCGUACGUGGGGCUUCGGCAGGCGGCGCUGACGCUGCAGGCCGCGUGGCGGGGGAGGACAGCGAGAAGGCAGAUCCAGAAGCGACACGCGUGCGCCGCCGUCAUCCAGGCACACUAUCGGGCUCACAGCCUUGGGAGGAAGCAGCGGCUCUUGUAUCUGGAGACCAAGGCGGCCGUGGUGACUCUGCAGUCCGCCUUCCGGAGGGCGAGGGCAAGGAGAGAGCGCGCGCAGGAGCGUGGCAGGGCGGCGGCCGUCAUCCAGGCCCGGUACAGGGCGUUCAGGGCCAGGAGGAGGUACGUGGCCUGCAGGGCCGCCGCCAUCGCCAUUCAGAGGUGGUACCGGCACGUGAGAGCCGCCCGCCAGCAGCGCAGGGAGUAUCUCCACCUGAAGGAGGCAGCGACCCGCGUCCAGGCUGCGUGUCGGGGCCGGAGAGCCAGGAAGCAGCUGCACUGCAUGCACAGGGCCGCCGCGGCCAUCCAGGCCGCGUUUAGGAUGCACCGGGCACAAGGGAGGUUCCGCCAGGUGCGAGCGGCCGCCGUCGUCAUCCAGGUGAGGUACAGGGCCUGGCGCCAGGGCAGGACGCAGCGUGCGCAGUACGUGGCCGUCCUGCGGGCCGUCCGUGUUCUCCAGGCGAGUUGGCGCGGAGCGCGAGUGAGGCGGACCCUGCGGCAGAUGCAGAGGGCAGCCGUGCUGAUCCAGUGCUGCUACCGCAGGCACCGCGCGCGCACGUCCUUCCUCCAGCGAACGCGGGCCGCAGAGACCGUGCAGCGCAGGUACCGCGCGGCCAGGGCGGGACGCGUGCAGGCUGCGUUCCGGGGCAGGAGGGCCAGGAGACGGGUGCAGGCCAUGCAUCUGGCCGCAGCGGUCAUCCAGAGGCGGUUCAGGACCCUGCUGCUGAGGAGGAGGUUCCUGUCUCUCCGGAGCGCUGCCGUCUGGGUCCAGAGAAAGCAUCGUGCCAACGUUCGCGCCAAGCGGCGCCUGCAGUUCCUGCGCUUACGAGAGGCCGUCGUCACCAUCCAGGCCUGGGCCCGAGGUUGGCUGGUGCGGAAAAGGCUGCGCGAGAUGCACAGGGCUGCCACCGUGGUCCAGGCUGCGUUCAGGACGCACCGAGCGCAGGCGGGGUACCAGGCCCUGAAACGGGCCUCGGUCCUGAUCCAGCGGCGGUACCGAGCCUGCCGAGCGGCGAGGCUGCGGAGAGAAGAGUGUGUCGGACAGCGGGGUGCAGCCGAGGUCCUGCCGGCCGCACAGGAAGGAGCGAAGGCGGGAAGGCGCUUGCAAGAGCAGCACAGAGCCGCUGCGCUCAUUCAGAGCGCAUACAGGAGGCACCGGCAGCGUCUCUCCCAGCAGCAGCUGCGGGGGGCCCCCACGGUGACCCAGGAAAGACACAGAGCAAAUGAGAACGGGGCGCUCGAGCACUGUGCGCUCGCGAAGGCAGCGGCCUGUACGCAGGCGGGUUCUCCGGACCCCGCGGUGGGGGAGCGGAGUCAGGAGCAGCGUCAGGCAGCCGUCACUGUUCAGCCGCGUUUCAGAGGCGUCAGAAGGAGGAAGCGUUCCCUCCACUUUAGAGCAGCCGUGGUGGUGGCUCAGAGAAGAUGCAGAGCGGCCGCGGCAGCGCGAACCCCAGCGGCCCCGGGUCUGCAGUCUUCCUGCAGAGGUUUGUGGGGACACAGGGCCCUCGACCACAGGCACCGGGCCGCCACCCUCAUUCAGGCCUCGCACCGGAUACGCAGGGCCCGCGCUGCCUUCGGAGCCAGGAGAAGGGCAGCUGUUGUACAGAGUCACUGCCGGGCGUACGUCAGAGGGACAGCGCGGGGAAGGCAGUGCUUCACAGCCCGCAGAUCCGCACCAGCUGUUGAGGCUGCCUGUCGAGGCCCGAGAGGGAGACGGGCGCCGGGAGAGGCCUCUGAGGGCGCGGUGGCCGCCAGCGCUGGGCCCCCUGCAUCUUGCCGUGACGGGGCUGGAGCUCAGCAGGACGCCGCCCGGAGCCCCGCGGCCAGGCCGCACUCGGGGCCCGAAGCUUCUCCGGCUGCUCAUUCUCAGGGAGAGGCCGCGGUCACCAGCCCGCCAGCUCUCCGGGAACCGGCCCCAGGGACGCUGGGUGCACGGGAGCGUGCCGCCCUGCGGGCCCGGGGCUCCCUCCGCACGGCCGGGUGUCGGAGCAGGCUCGUCCGGCGGCGGCGGCGGGCUGCGGUUCCUCUGGCGCUGUCCUUCCGGGCUCGGCGGGCCCGGAGGCGGUUCCUGCUCGGGAGGGAAGUGGCCGUGGCCACGCAGAAUCGCCGCCGCGCCUGUGCGUCCGCGAGGCUCCCCAGGCGAGUGCACUUACACAUCAGGAGCAGUGUCGUCAUCAUUCAGGCGUGGACGAGGGGCUUUCUACAGAAGCGGAGGUUCCAGAAGAUGAAGGCCAGCACCGUAACAAUCCAGGCUGCGUGGAGGAGCUACAGAGCCAGGCGGCGUGCGCGUGCCGAGGAGGCGGCCUGCAGGAUCCAGGCCUGGUUCCGGGGCUGGAAGGCGCGCAAGGGGUACCUGGCCGUGCUGAAGGCUGUGCGAGCCGUGCAAGGCCGCUUCCGGGCCAGGCGGGCGCGGGCACGGUUCCUGAGCGUGAGAGCGUCAGCAGUCACCAUCCAGAGGAGAUGGAGGGCCACGCUUUCCGGAAGGAGGGCUCGCGAGCACGUCCUGACGGUGCAGACGUCGGAACGCAGAGCCGGAGUCAGGCUCCUCCGCUUCACAGCCGCCGCCCGCUACCACCUGGCUGCCGUCCGAGUCCAGAGAGCGUAUCGGCGCCACGUGGCCGUGCGGAGCGCGGAAAGGCGCCUGCGUGCCGCCAUCUGUAUCCAGAGAUGGUUCCGGGCGAGGCUGCGGCUGAAGAGGCUCAUGCAGAUCUGUCACAGUGUCGUCGCCAUCCAGCGCCAAGUUCACGCUCGUCGGGGGCAGCAGGACAGGGCGGCCUCGGUGAUCCAGGCCGCCGCGCGCCGCUUCCUCCUCCGCAAGAAGCAGGAGCAGCUCCGUGCCGGGAUCGUGAGGAUCCAGGCCCUGUGGAGAGGCUACGCCCUGAGGAAGAAGAAUAACUGUACAAAAAUCAAAGCCAUUCGCACAAGCCUCCAAGCUCUGAGCGGGGAGGUGCGAGAAGAGGACAAGCUGUACAAGCGAACCGCGCUGGCGCUUUACCACCUGUUGACAUACAAGCACCUGUCGGCUGUCCUUGAGGCCCUGAAGCACCUGGAGGUGGUCACGAGGCUGUCCCCACGGUGCUGCGAGGACAUGGCCCAGAGCGGAGCGAUUGGGAAGCUGUUCCUCCUGAUCCGGAGCUGUAACCGCAGCGUCCCUUGUAUGGAGGUCGUCAGCUACGCCGUGCAGGUGCUGCUGCACGUCGCCAAGUACGAGAGGACGGCGGCCGCGGUGUGCGCCGCGGACAGCUGCGUGGACACGCUGCUGGGCCUCCUGCGGACGUACCGGGAGAAACCGGGCGACAGGGUCGCAGACAAGAGCGCGAGCAUUUUCACCAGGACCUGCUGCUUGCUGGCUGUUCUGCUGAGGGCCACGGGCCGCGCCUCGGAUGCUCAGAACAGGGCCAAGGUUGCCGACUGUGUGAGUAGCAUCUACAGGCUUACAGCUCAUAAGCACAGAGCGGACUCUGAGCGAACACUUCACAGGCCAAGUCACAACUCCUCCGUGAGCCUUCCCCGUCUCCCAGAAAGUCCCAUCAGGGCCCGGAUGGUGGCACGACUCCAGCCCGAGUGGGUCUUGAGGAGGGAGAACGAGCAGGAAAUCACGACGCCCCUGCAGGCUGUUCAGCUGGUGAUGGACACGCUGGGCGUGCCUUACCCGUGACGGGAGCGUCGGCGUGAGCAGGGACAGGACGCUGUAAAACUAAUCAUGGCUGGGAAAGUGUUUUGGAUUUUUUUCUAGAACUCCUAAGAUCAGAUUUUGUAUUAAAAUUUAAGAAAUACUUGUACC